GGUCCAAAGUCGCCCAUUGAGCUUCGUUGAGGCUCUGGGAGCCGAGCCAGGUUUGGCCAACCUUUGACCCUCCGGAUGUUGUUGACCACCGGCCAUACUGGCUGAAGGCGUGAGGCCAAACAGCUUCCGGAGGGCCCAUCCUCGCUGGCCUGAGCCUUAUUAGCUUACUGGUUUAUCCGGCCCUGCAUGUCCCGGCUCUCCCUCAGCUACCCCCCACCCACCCAGCUGGAACGCCGUAAGGCAUGCGCUGGCUCCGGGCAGGCAUCCCUUCCCGCAAACUGCCCUAGACUCCGAAGUGACAGCAGAGGGACUGGACUUCCAGAGAGGCUUGUUUUUAGGAUAAAGGUGUCAGCGUGGCUCGCAGGCAGAGCUGGCAGGCUUGGCCGUGGCUUGGGUUUGAGUUCAAGAGCCCCUUCGCUUCCUCUUUGUGCCCCGCCUCGCGUGGGAACGCGAACAGCAGUCAGCUGGAACGAGGGAAAUAUUACGAAAGACUUGAACGCUAAGGAAAAGGACUCUUGCGAGCCUAGCGACAAAAUAUGGGACGCAGGCUGGAAGACGAAGUGUACGACGAAGACGGCAACACCCUCCCAGACUACGCCUUCGACAGCGAGCCCCUCGGGAUAGCCGACCCUUCCUCCAUGCUGGACGACGUGUACACCUUGUACUACCCGCCGGAAAAGAGGCACGCGGAUGGGAUCUUUAAUAAAGCCUACAGGAAAGUGUUGGGUCAGUUAUCGGCAAGGAAGUAUCUUCAUUCUCUGAUGGCCAAGCGGGUGGGCGGGGCGAGCGGCCUGGAGGAUGACUCGGAACCACUUUCCAAAAGGCACUCGGACGGCAUAUUCACCGACAGCUACAGCCGCUACCGAAAACAAAUGGCUGUCAAGAAAUACUUGGCAGCAGUCCUGGGGAAAAGGGUCGAAGAAAUUACUAUUCUCCAUUUGCUACUGUACAUAGACAAAGAUGCCCUGCUACAAGGGGAUUAUGAUGCUAUUGCGUUGGGAGCAUUGCUGACGCAGUUUCUUGCCCCGGUGAGUCUCCUGUUAGGCUCCUUUCACACGUCCCUCUUCCUGCCCUCCCUCCUUCCUCUUCUCUCCCGCCCCCGUGCUAGAGACGGAGUUGCCCCUCUGACUUUGACUGCCCUUUGCUACUUAUCCGUGCCUGCUCUGGUACUAAGUGAAGAAGGGAGCCUACAAGACCGCUUCACCCGGAUCUGCCACCCCUCUCCCUUUAGACCCCCCCCUCACUAUCGUCUCCUGCUACUCCCAAUCAGUGUGGCAAAGGAGUGCCUUUCGCCACCCGUCCGAUGCCAAUGGGCGAAGUCGGCCUUCCGAUCCGCCUUAGUGACUGAGCAUAGAGGACCAGAGCCCACGAGUGUAGAGAGGGUUGAACUUAAGUGGUAUACAAAUAGUCGAAAGAAAUAAACAAACAAAUCACUAGUUACUCCCAAAUUGGGUGUAAUAGCCUGGAAGCUAAUUCUCAAAUACCACUUCCCCAGCACAGAAUCAAGGUGUUCUUCUGAUCUCUGGGACAGCAGACUAUGGAGGGUGCCUGCUAUAACAGGGAGAAACCCCCCCCCCAUAUAUAGGUAAUCACGCUAGGAUCCUGACUUACUCGUGCUUAGAAUAGCUCAAUGGCUCCACUCUAAGAACGCCCAAGUCUGGAUCCAUCCCUGAGAUAGCCCCAGAACUAAGAUGCUCGAUCCGUAAGGACGUUUGGGAUACCGAUCUAGGACGGAAUAGAGAAACAAAGUAUCUCCCCCACUCCAUCCCUUUGGGUUUUGGACUAGGUUCUAGGAGUUAAAUACAACCCCCAUCCGCAAAUCUGGCCGGAUCUAUCCACGCAGCAGACUGAGGGGAGCCUGGUGAUGGCAAAGUGGGCAGUACCACUUCAGAUGGGGGGGAAGGGAAGGGAGAAAGAAAGAAAGAAAGAAAAGUCCUGUCAGUAGCAAACCACUAUAUCCGGGAGAAUGAUUCUGGUACAGCCUUUCCUCCCCGCUAUAAUCGUUUCCUAAUGCCAGAAAUUCAAUAAAAAAUAAAGGGACCAUUCAAAAGACUCACCUGUCAUCUGAACUGGUAUAUUCCAUUUUACAAUCUUAGGAUUCCCACCGUCGGUUUCCUCCGAUUUUGCCGUGGGGAUAGAUCCACUGGCCUUCGAGCUGUUUGGUAUUGGCUCUUGAUGCAAAGUAUCACGUGUAACUCUCCAGUGCUGUCCACACUUCUUCCCAUCUUGUGAUAUUGGCUAGCGUUCUCUCUUUAUAAUCGCCCCCCCCCCCGGCCCGUGGAAGUCACUUUCUCCCCUUCGCUGUUCCCUGAUAGACCUUUCGCAUUUCCACCCUCUUGGCCUCUCUCGCAAUGUUGUGUUUUUCAUCGGGGUCACUUGAGUUUCUUUUCCCUUGAAAGCAACAACCAACAAUUAUAUUGUGAACGCCUCAGGCACUUUUGGUUUUGUUAUUAUGAUGCAAGCUCUGAUUGUAAGAUCGUUUUAGGCCCCUCCCCCUGCUGUAGCGACUAUAUCUAUAUAUCUAUAUAUCCACCACUAAAUAAUUAUGCACUAUUACUACAAGGUUUUUUUUUUGUUCCUUGUUAAUUUAUUGAGUUUGGAGGUUUAAAAUGUAUUUUUCUACAUUAUGGCUUUAACCGCUUAGUAAAAUUUAUUUCAUACAAUCAA